GUGGUCCAUUGCUUUCUAAUAUGUAAAUGGUCGGUUGGAGUCCAGCAUCUUCUCUCUUGCUAAAAAAUCAAAAUUUCCAUAUAUUGUUUCUUCUCUGAAAUCAAAGAGAAUUUCUUCUUUGCAACUGUUUGCUGAAUUGAAAAUCGGGGAAGAAGGCAGUUUAGUGUGAGUGAAAAGGUGUUUUUUGGGUGAAUUAUGAGAUGAUUACAAGAGAAGAGAAGGGGAACGUUGUGAAUGAUGAUGGAAAUAAGAGUAAGGCAUGUACAACGUCUACUUCAACAACGUCAUGGACAAGGUUAAAGGAUCCAAGAAUAGUUCGCGUUUCGAGAGCAUUUGGAGGAAAAGACAGGCACAGUAAAGUUUGUACAGUAAGAGGGCUAAGAGAUCGUCGUGUAAGGCUUUCAGUUCCUACUGCUAUUCAAUUAUAUGAUCUUCAAGACAGAUUAGGGCUUAAUCAACCAAGUAAAGUUGUUGACUGGUUGCUUGAUGCAGCUAAAAAUGAAAUCGAUGAAUUGCCUCCCUUGCAAAUUCCUCCUGGAAGUUUGAACCCUAAUCUUUAUCCUAUGUUAGGUAAUGCUCCUCAAAUUACUACUAAUAAAGAAGGUCGCAUUAAUUGGGAUAAUAACAUUCCAUUGGAACCACCUAAUAAUAAUGCUUUGGGCUACAAUCCCAAUUUUUUUAAAUGGGAUCCUUCAAAUUUAUCCUUAGCUCAUUCAGAAAAUUCAUUAUCUCAUCAACAUGAUCAUCAUCAAAACUUCAAUUUGAUGUCUAGUAUGCCAUUAACUUCACAUCAUCAACCUGUUGUUUAUCCACCAGGAUUGCCUCAAUUUUUCCAUCAACAUAAUAAUAAUAUUAAUGUUGGAGCAUCGUCGUCAUCAGAAUUUGAUCCCAAAGAAAUCAACUUCCAAAUGUUGAGUAACAAUUCCGGUUCAGAAAAUCCCUUGUCAACUAGUACUAAUUCCUUUAGACAUUCUAUUGACUCCACAAACCAAUCUAUAAGACCUUUCCAUUUUCUGCCUUCUCAAAAUUGUGAUGACACGGAGCCUUCCAAUUAAGAUCAUUUACUUCCUCUCUGCUCUUUAUAACAACUUAAGUUUUUACACAAAGUAUCGUAUUGGUCAUAUAAUUUCAACAUGAUAACAGAGCAGAUCAACAUAUUAUUGGUUGAUCGGAUGUUUCAUUAAGCUAUUCCACUUUCAAGAUCAGAGCAAGUUAUCAACUGUAUGUUCCCCGGUGAGUACUGAAUAAUUUGAUACUAGUAUAUAUAUAUAUAUAUAUAUAUAACAACAAUUGUAUGUUCUUUUGGUCAUAAUUAUUCCUAUAGCUACAAGACUCGUGAUUGGAUUGUUUGGGAUGCUUCAAUGUACUCCAAUUUCAAAAUGUAUUAUGCUAUAUAAAGUUGUACGUACGGUUAUUAAGAGACAAUAUAAUAUAUAUAUUUUUGGCAUCA